AAGUCUUACUGCGGAACUGUGCCUGGGUUUGGCCAAUGCGAAGUCGACUUCGUUUCCAUCCGGAUUUUGGGACAGCGGCAAUCAUGGCGCCACCCGUCAGAUACUGCAUUCCCGGCGAACGUCUGUGUAACUUGGAGGAGGGCAGCCCGGGCAGUGGCACCUACACCCGCCACGGUUACAUCUUUUCGUCGCUUGCCGGUUGUCUGAUGAAGAGCAGCGAGAACGGCGCGCUUCCUGUGGUGUCUGUAAUGAGAGAAACAGAGUCCCAAUUACUGCCAGAUGUGGGAGCUAUUGUAACCUGUAAGGUCUCCAGCAUCAAUUCACGCUUUGCCAAAGUACACAUCCUGUAUGUGGGGUCCACACCACUUAAGAACUCUUUUCGAGGAACUAUCCGCAAGGAAGAUGUCCGAGCAACUGAAAAAGACAAGGUUGAAAUUUAUAAGAGUUUCCGCCCAGGUGACAUUGUCUUGGCCAAAGUGAUCUCCCUAGGUGACGCACAGUCCAACUACCUGCUAACCACUGCCGAAAACGAGCUGGGAGUGGUGGUAGCCCACAGUGAGUCAGGUGUCCAGAUCUCCCAGCUCAGCUGGUGUCUGAGGAGGAGAGGAUUUAUGCCUCAGAGAGGGCGUGAGCCCAGAUGAUGCCUCAAGACUCAGGUUCUAAAUGGGAAAGCAGUGCUUCAGGGACUUCAGCUGCCCCGCCCAAAAUGGUGUCGCCAUCUGCAGGUAAACAAAGCUGGAGCUGGCAGAAAAGAAAGAGGAGGGCUCUCUGGCAGGCUGUGGCUUCCGCAAGGACUCCCCUGACAGCACCUGGGCUUCUCUGGUCCCCAGCCCAUUGUCAGCCUUAGGAUGAGACCUGGCUUUAGUCCAAGCCUUCUUGCUUUUAAAUGUAUGGCACUCUCAAAACCACCUGAUGUGCACCAAGCCGUCUGCCACUAGACCCUGUGUGAAAACUGUAAUGACAACAAUGCUCAAAGCAGGGCAAUAAGCAAACAUUUUGACCCUCUGCUUUCAUUCACAUAAAACUGAUUUCCUAGCCUGUAUUAUCUUAGAUCACAUUUUCUUUUCUUUUUUUUUUUUUUUUUUUUUUUUUUAGACAAGGUCUACCUAUGUUGCAUAAACUUGUUUUAAAUUCCUGGCCUCAAGUGAUCCUCCUGCCUUGGCCUCCCAAAGCACUGGAAUUACCUGUGUGAGCCACUGAGCCUGACCUCAAAAUUGCACCUUAAAAACAGGCAGGCGAUCUGGGCAGAGGAGGCACGUGCCUGUAGUCCCAGCUGAUCAGGAGGCUGAAGCAGGAGGAUGGUUUGAGGCCAGGAGUUUGAGGCUUCAAUAUGCUAUGAUCACACAUGUAAAUAGCCACUAUACUCCAGCCUGGGCAAUAAAGUGAGACCCUGCUCUAAAAAAAUUAAAAAAA